CAAGAGAUGCGAUAAGUACCCAGUCUUGAUUACUACAAUGAUCGCCCGUCUACGGGAGUGGUGGAGACUACAGAGAUCCACCUCGCUUGCACCAAGAAUUCGCGUGGGUCGACGCUUUUCGUCAACGAUACACAGCGGAAAAGAGAGAGAAAAAGGCACGAUGGUUCGUUCCAUCGCCGAUAUCCGGGCACUCGCUACGGAAAAGAAGAGAAAUGUUCAGCGUGCUUUCACAAGCUGGCAUAAUUUCCAACAAUGGAUUCAAGUCCCGGAAACAGAACUCGAUCGGAGCGGACAUUCCUCGACAACAUCUCAUCGCUGGUCAAAUAAAGAUCUCGACCCUACGCCUCCCGAGGAGCGAACAUGGGCUUGGUACAACUAUGUCGUGUUUUACUGGGGAUUAUCCUUUGGCAAUUGGCAGCUCGGGUCGACGAUGAUCGGACUUGGCUUGAACUGGUGGCAGGCCAUCUUGACCAUUUUCCUGAGUCAAUUCAUAUCCUCUAUCGCCAUGUUCUUCAAUUCGCGAUGCGCGAGUGUAUACCAUGUCGGCUAUCCCGUGGUCGGCCGGAGCGUCUUCGGGAUGUACGGCGCGUACUAUUUUGUGGGCGUCCGAGCUGCCUUGGCAAUCAUCUGGUUUGCCGUGCAGACCUUCAUAGGGUCCGCUCUGUUCGCCGUCACGCUCCGAUCCAUUUUCGGCGACAGCUAUACGAACAUCCCAAACAUGUUGCCUGCUGAUGCUGGCAUUUCGACUGCCGGAAUGUUGGCCUUCCUGAUCUUCUGGCUCGUGCAAUUUCCGUUUGCCUUCUUGCGGCCCUACCAGCUGACCAAGUUUUUUUGGUUCAAGGCUAUUAUUAUGCUACCCGCUAUCUGGGGACUUUUCAUCUUCUGCAUGGCCACUACCAAAGGUCAAGUAGGUCUUGGUACUUUGUCCGCUGGUAAGAACACUAGCGGCUGGGGCUGGUUCUUCGUAUACUCGAUCAACGCGGGAAUGGGGAACACCGCAACAUUAAUCUGCAACCAGCCAGACCUUGCGAGAUACUCUAAGUCGAAGACUGGGGCGAUGUGGUCGCAGCUCAUCACCAACCCGAUUGCUGUGACGCUAUCAGCAACCUUGGGCAUUCUGUCUACUGCCGCAAUAAACAACGCUUGGAACGACGCACUGUGGAAUCCGUGGGGUCUAAUGGACGCAAUCCUCGACCGAUACUGGAGUGGAACGACUCGAUUCGCCAUCUUCCUCGCAUCCUUUGCGUGGUCUUUCACCAUUCUUGGGACCAAUAUUGCCGCCAAUAUGAUUCCUUUCGGGGCCGACGCCUCUAUGCUCUUACCACGUUACAUCAACAUCCCACGGGGACAGAUUCUUGUCGCCCUGCUAGCCUUUGCCGUUGUCCCAUGGAAGAUUCUGAAGAGCGCAGAGACCUUCACGACGUUCCUUGCCGGCUACGGUCUUUUCAUGUCGUCGACCGUGGCAGUCAUGGUUUGUGACUAUUUCUUGCUCACCCGCGGAAAUAUCUUUAUCACUCGCUUGUACGAUGGCUCCCGGGAGAACAAACAUUACCGCUUCACCGAGGGCUUUAACAUGCAAGCUAUCAUCGCGUAUAUCGUAGGAAUCGCUCUGCCAUUUCCAGGUUUCGUCGGCUCGCUUGGCGCAACUGUUAGCAUCGAAGCCGAGAGGCUUGGCCAAUUGGGCUGGUUGCUGAGCUUUUUUACUACGUUCCUUGUAUAUUACAUUAUAUGUCGAGUGUGGCCGACGUCAGUGCAGAAGAUCAUCAAGGAGAAAAACCUUGGAUUCGAGGAAAUGGCCGUGCACGACCAGGCUGUCUUGGACGGAGUGCGUGUCCACGACGAGAUCGCGGGCAAGAGUGUGUUCGACGAGGAGAAACAUACAAUGGGUAUGGAUGUCCACACGAUUGACUCGACAAAUUCACAAUGAUGAAAAGGAUCAACGAAUUUGAUUCUCAUAACGAUGUAACGAAAUGAAAUGGGAUAUAUUUUAAAGACAAGUGCUCCUCA